UCUCUCUCUCUCUCUCUCUCUCUCAAAUUAUAUAACUUGAGCGAACAAAAGUUAAAUUACUUUUGACGACUUUUAUGUAACCAACUUGUCUAUACUGACGAAGAAAAACAAACAAAUAAAAAUAAAGAUAAAAGUAAGACUAAAGUAAGGAGUGAGUAAUAUUGUGAAGUUGGCACCUCGCAGUGUGUAGAGAGAGAGAGAGUGUGUGUGUGAGUGAGUGAGGGAGUAUACACAGCUUCUCUCUCCCUCAACUCUCACUCUUCAAGCUGUCUCUCUUCCUCUCACUUCCUCCCUCCUCACACCUGGGAUCUUCUGUCACCUGAGGGAAGGAAGCGUCACAUGAGUUUGAAGCAUGAAGUCAUAUGAUAUCUUAAGGUACUACAUUGGCCCCCCUUUGAUCAUCCUGGGGGCCACUGUGGGGGUACAGCUCCUGGCGUGGCUGGGGACAGACGAAACUUCAUUCCCGUGUCAACUGAUGGGGAAUGGAAGCGCGUGGGUAACUGUUGGUGUUGUGAUGCUGUGGGCCUUUGCCUCUCUAUGGGUGCCAGGCAAGGAAUUUUACGGACCACGCACGUCUUUUGACUAUACGCCCAAGUACAAGGCUAAUGGAAUGCAGUUCUUAGUAUCCCUUGUUGCAUACCUGGUUCUAGUUCUCGCCUUCCCACAUCUCCCCGUUCACCUGUACCGUAAUUUUUCUAACAUAAUCGUCACAUGUAACCUGCUGGCGCUGUUGCUGUGCGUGUUCCUGCUGGUGAAGGGGAAAACAUGGCCAGACAGCGCAGAGGUAAUGAAGCCAAAACCUUUACUUUACGAGUUUUACCGCGGCAUGGAGCUUCACCCGAGGAUUCUGGGAGUGGACGUGAAACAAUUAACCAACUGUCGCUUCGGUCUGCUAGCGUGGGAGCUCUUGGUAGUGAAUUUCUUCUUGGCAGGGUGGGAGAAGCAUGGGUUCAGCCUAGCGCACCUUGUCUCCGCGGCUCUCCAGACAGUGUACCUCGCUAAGUUUUACUGGUGGGAGACUGGUUACUUCAACACACUGGAUAUAAUAUUAGACAGAGCUGGCUAUUAUAUCUGCUGGGGGUGUCUAGCCUUCGUUCCUUCCCUUUACACCUUCGCCUCAUAUUAUCUCGUUGCUAAUCCACCAGUUAUGAGUACUCUUGAGUCUAUAGCCACAUUUCUACUGGGCAUUUUAGCUAUUUCUCUCAACUACAGGGUGGAUUGGGAGAAGGAGCAUUUCAAAGCCACUAACGGGCGAUGUAACCUUUGGGGAAAGCCUGCUACUUAUAUAGAAGCUGUAAGGGAGACAGAUAAAGGCAUCCAGCACUCCAAACUCCUCACAGCUGGGUUCUGGGGAGUGGCUAGACAUUUGAACUACACCUUUGAACUCCUAUUGGCUCUAUCCUGGUGUCUUCCUGGCUUAGGGCGUGGUAUUCUGCCCUUCUCCUACUUCAUCUUCCUCACUAUCCUUCUCGUGCAUAGAGUGUUCAGAGAUGAGGAGAAAUGCGCGGCAAAAUAUGGGUUCUUCUGGGAGACUUACUGCUCUCGUGUGCCUUACAGAAUGUUGCCUGGUGCUUUUUAGGCUAGGCUAGGAUAGGCUACGUUUAUACGAAGUGAGGAGUGAGGAAGGAAAAGAGACAGGAAAGGAUUGCGAAAGAACAAAGGGGAAAGGAAAAGGAGAGGAUGAGAUUUGCGAAAGAAUGAGAAAGGAAAAAAGAGGAAAAGAUUACGAAAAAAA